CAAAAACAAAGCAUCAGCACUUUGCAUGCAAUGGGAGUGAAAACAAGCAAAAUAUAUGCUGCCAUGGCCAAGCAACGUGAUGGGUAUGAAAAUAUUGGCUGUUUAGAGAGAGAUAUUCGGAAUCAAUUGGAUAAAGAGCAUCGUUUGGCACUAGAAGCAGGGGAUGCAAAAGCUAUGUUAGAAUAUUUUAUUUAUAUGCAAGAAGAAAAUCCUAACUUCUUUUAUGCAAUAGAUUUGGAUGAAGAACAUCGACUUAGAAAUGUUUUUUGGGUUGAUGCAAAAGGUCGAGAUGAUUAUCAAGAUUUUGGAGAUGUUGUUUCUUUUGAUACAACUUACAUUACAAAUAAAUACAAAAUGCCUUUUGCCCCUUUUAUUGGAGUUAACAAUCAUUUUCAGUCAACUUUGCUUGGAUGUGCACUAUUGGCAGAUGAAUCUUCAACAACCUUUACUUGGCUAAUGAAGACAUGGGUGAGAGCAAUGGGAGGAAAGCCUCCAAAUGCAAUAAUAACAGAUCAAGAUAAAGCAAUGAAGGUAGCCAUUGCAUCGGUCUUCCAUGAUACACGACAUCGGUCUUGGACAAGGGAGAAAUUUGAAGAAAGAUGGCAAGAAAUGAUCAGAAGAUUUGAACUUGUAGAGGAUGAGUGGCUUCAAACCUUGUAUGAAGAACGAGAGCAUUGGGUACCUGUUUACAUGAAGGAUGCAUUUUUUGGAGGCAUGUCAACUACACAAAGAUCUGAAAGUAUCAACUCUUUUUUUGACAAGUAUGUAGGCAAGAAGACUUCUUUGAAAGAGUUUGUUGAGCAAUACAAGGUAGUUAUCCAAGAUCGAAAAGAGGCAGAAAAACAAGCUGAUUUUAAUUCAUGGCAAAAGCAACCUAGUUUGAAGACACCUUCCCCUUUUGAGAAGCAAAUGUCAAUGAUAUAUACUCAUGAAGUCUUCAAGAAGUUUCAAGUUGAGAUUUUAGGAAUAUCAGGGUGUUAUUCUUCAAAAGAUGGUGGAGAUGGGCAAAUUACAACUUUUAAAGUACAUACAAUGGCUACACUUCAAGGCUUGGGUGUGUUUAGCAUUCCAUCACACUACAUAUUGAGGAGGUGGACCAAGGAUGUUAGAAAUGAAUAUGAUAAAAGUGGUGUGAUGGAGGAAGUACAAUGCAAGAAGCAACGCUAUGACCAAUUACUUCAACAAGCCAAUCAAUUGUUCGAGGAGGGAUCACUUUGCUAUGAAAGUUACAAUUUUGUAAGUCAUGCACUAGAAGAAACCUUGAAGCAAUGUGUUAAUAUCAAUCAUUCCUUGCAAAUUGGAGGAGUCAAUGAGAUUCAAGAUGUCGGAAAAGAGAAUGUUUGUCCCAAUAAAUUGCCCAUGGUUCCAAUAUUUGACCCUAAAGUUUCAAAAACAAAAGGAGCUCCAAAAAGAAUAAAGAGUGGGGUUGAAAAGGGUCAAAGAAAAUGUGUUAACAAGAAAUUAAGAAAGGUGAAAGGCAAACUUGAAGUGCAAAAUGAACUCAAAACUCAAAAUGAUAUAGUGAGAAACUUGUCACAACAAAGACAGGAUGUACAAGGGAAGACCACUUCAAAUGCACAAGGAUUUUGCAAUAGCUACGUGACACAAGAUGGUAAAAUUAGAAGAUCUUGGUUUUUGGGCUGUGUAACUUAGUUGAAUUGUUCUAAGGUCUUAUAGGUUUUUGGUUUUGUUUUUGGCCUGGUACGACAAUGUUCCAGUUGUCGAUCAUGGUUGAAGAUCUUGAGAUGUUAAUUUAAUGAAAUACCAGUUCUAGUAUAUAGGACAGUAUAAAGGUAAUCAUGUGAAAAUGAGGAGUUGCUUACUUCUCUUUUGAGCUAAUGUUCAAAUUCAGAGCUUUGUUCAUUGGUCAAUAAGUGAAUAUUAGUAGAGGAGUGUGUUUUAUCUAUGAACAAAACAGGGUAAUUUUUGUUGAAUUGUUGAUACAGCAAGAAUUUGGAAUUAUAUUUUGAAUUGCCAAUAGUUUGUUACUUUGGUUUUCUGCUUAGAAAUCAAUUAUUGAUUGCAAAAUGGCUGCUUCAAGCAACUAAUGGCUUUGGACCUUUCUGAGGGGAAGGGACAAAAAAAAUGCACUUUCCUUUCGCUACUUUAAUUCUUUAUUUCUUUACCCUCUCAUCACAGGUGUUCAAUGGAUAGAUACUUCAGGAAAGUGAUUUGAGGUACUGUUUUACUCAUAUUUUGCAAUUUGACUUGGUGGUUACGUCUUAGAUUUAGCUUGUCUUAUUAUGCAGAUUACCUUUCUUCUUCUUUUUUUUAAUCUGUAGUUUGAUUUAGUGUCAUUAAUAAAAUAUACUAUUCCGCAUAAACUUGAUGUGAUUUGAUUGUAAUGGUUGGAAUUUAGUUGUUUGAUUUUGAUUGAUUGAUAGUAUGCAGUUGAAGAAUUUUAUUUGUAAAUGGAAUGUGUGUGUGUGCGUAUAUAUAUAUAUUUGGUAUAUGUAAAUGGAAUUGCUUUACAUAAUGUUUUGUUUAAAUGAGCUUUUACCAUUAUUACAUGAUCUUAAAAAAUAGAUUUAGAUUUU